AUGGGUUUCGACCCGAAACUCUUCUGGGUUGCCGGGAAACCGAUCAUUCAAGUGUGCCUUCUGGCGGCAAUCGGAGCAGGGGCGGCGCGCACGGGCGUGCUGUCGGGUCCGAGCACGGUCACGCUCGCGAAACUCUCCCUCGACAUCUUCCUCCCCUGCCUCAUCCUCGUGACCUUCCCGCCCGCCGUCUCACCAGAGGUCGUGAAGGAGUGGUGGCCGAUCAUCGUGUUCACAAUCGUCGCAAUGUGGAUCGGGGCGCCGAUCGGGUGGCUCGCCGCCGCGGCCACGGGCUGCCCCAAGGAAAAGCGCAACAUUGUCGCGGCUGCCAUGACGUUCGUCAACAUGACCUCGCUUCCGCUCGUGAUUAUUCGCGAGCUCGCAUCGGACAAGGAGUCCCCGCUGUACCCAGUCGGGAAAGAACUCGCCACGGCCUACCAGGCUUUUGCAAUGGCGGGCGGAGCCUUCGGCCUCUUCUCCCUUGUCUUCUCCCUCCUGACGCCCAAGCACCCGCCGAGAGCCGACGCCGCUGGCGUGCCGCCGGCCGUGGAGCUCGGGGACCUCCCGCGGGGUAGCACGGAGCAGCCCGGCACCACCGUCACCGUCAAGACGUGCAGGCUCCCCGUGGUCUCGUUCGCGGGCGUCGGCGACGCGGAGGGCGCCACCUGCUUCACGGAGGGCGCCACGGCGUGCAAGGAGGGCCCCGCGAUCCACGGGCAGCGCGUCAGCGUCCACAACAGCAGCACAAGCACCGUCCCGGGGCGCACCCGGAGCGCCGCGGCGCCGCACGCCGCCGACGACGCCCUGCAGGACCGCUACCGCGCAACGCCGAGCCCGGACGACACCAUGGCUGCGAUGGAGCCGCCGUCCGCCCCGGAGUCGUCACUCCCCCCCCUGACGCAGGCCGACUCGGGCGUGGCGUCGGACAGCGCUGCCGGGGACGGAGCGGACGCGGUGUGCGAGUGCGGGCGGAGCCGGCGGCGCUCCCGGGCGUCGCUGAAGCUCCGGGAGCUCCAGCGCAUGUCGCACACCAUCGCGCACCGGUGGUUCGUGGAGCCCGUGAGCAAGGUGCGGUGGCGCGUGCACCUGCAGCCGCCGGCGGUGGCGUGCGCGCUCGGCCUCGCGCUGGGCCUCGCGGUGCCGGUCAAGCGCCUGAUGUUCGAGGACGACCCCGACGAAGAGCCGCCGCUGGCGUUCCUCGCAAGCACGCUGCGGGUCCUGGGCGGCGCGGCGGUGCCGUCGCUCAUGGUCGUGCUUGGGUCGAACCUGCAGCGCGGGCCGCCGAAGACGACGGGCCUGCCCACGCGCACAAUUGUGGGAAUGGUGGCCGUGAAGAUGCUCGUGCUGCCCGCCGUGGGCGUGGCCAUCACGUACGGGCUCUCUGAGGCGGGGCUGUUCACGGUGCCGGACCCGGCGUUCUUCGUGGUGAUGCUGACGGCGUGGUCGAUGCCCACGGCGCCGGCGGGGCAGGCCAUCGCCAACGCGACGGGCUACGGCGUGCAGGAAAUGGCCCUGCUCCUGUUUUGGCAGUACAUGGCGUCCGUCGUGCUGCUGCCGCCGCUCAUGGCGCUGUUCCUGUUCCUGGCCGAGCGCGCCACGGAGGAGGGGUGA